AUGGACACCUACCAGACACCCCUCUCCUCGCGCUAUGCGUCCAAGGAAAUGUCCAAGCUGUUCUCGAACGGGACACGCUUCGGGACAUGGCGACAGCUGUGGCUCAAUUUGGCUAUCGCUGAAAAGGAGCUCGGCCUUCCCAUUUCCGACUCGGCUAUUGAGCAGAUGAAGGCGAACCUCGAGCUGGACGAGGCGCAGAUGAAGGUUGCUGCGGAAGAGGAGAAGAAGCGGAGGCAUGAUGUGAUGGCGCAUGUGCACACCUUUGGAACGGUUGCUCCGGACGCUGCCGGGAUCAUCCAUCUCGGAGCCACCUCUUGCUAUGUCACCGACAACGCCGACCUGAUCUUCCUUCGUCAAGGUCUGGACCUCCUCCUUCCCAAGCUCGCGGUGGUCAUCUCCCGUCUGUCCUCCUUUGCACAGCAAUACCGCGACCUGCCCACGCUCGGCUUUACCCACUUCCAGCCUGCUCAACUCACCACGGUCGGCAAGCGAGCCACGCUCUGGAUCCAGGAGCUGCUAUGGGAUUUGCGCAACAUGGAGCGGGCGAGGAACGAUUUGGGAUUCCGCGGGGUCAAGGGCACGACCGGGACUCAGGGGUCUUUCUUGGCGCUUUUUGACGGUGACCACGACAAGGUCGAAGCUUUGGAUGCGCGAGUGACUGAGCUUUCUGGUUUCCCCUAUGCCUACCCCGUCACCGGUCAGACAUACUCGCGAAAGAUCGACAUUGACGUCCUCGGUCCGAUGUCCAGCUUUGGCGCGACUGUUCACAAAAUAUGCACUGAUAUCCGCCUUUUGGCCAACCUCAAGGAGAUUGAGGAGCCUUUCGAAAAAGACCAGAUCGGCUCGUCGGCCAUGGCCUACAAGCGCAACCCCAUGCGAUGCGAGCGCGCUUGCUCCCUCUCUCGCCACCUUAUGGCCAUCUACCAAAACACCCUCAUGACCGCCUCGGUCCAGUGGCUCGAGCGGACCCUCGACGACUCGGCCAACCGCCGUGUUACCCUUCCCGAAGCAUUCCUCACCGCCGAUAUCCUCCUCACUACCCUCCAAAACAUCUCUGAAGGCAUGGUCGUCUACCCCCAAGUCAUUGGGCGUCGGAUCAAGCAGGAGCUGCCAUUUAUGGCGACGGAGAACAUCAUCAUGGCGAUGGUCAAAGAUGGCGGGGACAGGCAAGAGUGCCACGAAAAGAUCAGGGUGUUGUCGCAUCAGGCGGGUGCGGUCGUCAAGGAGCAGGGCGGGGAGAAUGACCUGAUUGAGAGGGUCAAGGCGGACGACUACUUUAAGCCGAUUUGGGGACAGCUGGACGAGUUGAUGGACCCCAAGACGUUUGUGGGUAGGGCGCCAGAACAGGUGGACCGGUUCGUCAAGGAUUGGGUCGAGCCGGCGUUGAAGCCGUACACCGAGGCGUUGAAGGAUGUCAAGGCUGCGGAGUUGUCUGUAUAG